GUCUGGCCACUCGCACUAAUUCGUUCCAGGGAUGUGAAUAUUCGUUCCAUUCUGAAAAAUACAAAACAAAAUUGAAAAUUCCAAGUUUGGGGGUCUCACGAUUUCAAUUCACCCUUUCGCCCACAAACUCCGAUUCUCCUUGUAAGCAGCGGUACCAGGUAAUUGAUUUAGAAGUAGAUAAAGGAUGGGGGCAAUGAUAUCGAGGUUCUGGUUCAUGUUAUUCCCGGCAAAAGAGUAUAAGAUUGUUGUUGUUGGAUUGGAUAACGCUGGAAAAACAACAACCCUUUAUAAAUUGCAUCUGGGUGAGGUUGUCACUACCAACCCUACUGUCGGUAGCAACGUCGAAGAGCUCGUCUACAAGAAUAUACGAUUUGAGGUUUGGGAUCUUGGUGGACAAGAAAGACUGAGGACAUCAUGGGCAACAUAUUACCGAGGAACUCAUGCUGUGAUUGCAGUGAUAGACAGCAGUGAUAGAGCCAGGAUCUCAAUCAUGAAGGAUGAACUUUUCAGGUUGCUGGGGCAUGAAGAUUUACAACAUUCUGUCAUUCUUGUCUUUGCUAAUAAACAAGACAUCAAGGAUGCUAUGACUCCUGCUGAGAUCACUGAUGCACUAUCUCUUCACAGCAUCAAGGAUCAUGAUUGGCACAUACAGGCUUGCUGUGCCCUCUCAGGAGAUGGAUUGUAUGAUGGUCUUGGAUGGAUUGCCCAGCGAGUAUCUGGCAAAUCCCCAACAUGAUCUUGGGCUGCUGGAAACCCUGGAUCAGAUUCAUUUUUUAUGUAUUGAAUUUAUAUGACGAGGGACUAAAUUCUCUGUAUCAUUUAUACUUCAAUGAGUCAAGCAAAGAUAAUGUGUUUGAUUUGCUAUGAAGAAAAAAGUUAUUCAAUAAUCU